AUGAGAUUCCUCAACCUCCUUCUAGCUCUUUCACCGCUGGCUCAAGUCGCUUCGGCUGUACCUCAAGAAUGGGACAGAUACACUGGGCCUUUGGGGGGCAGACUGAUCACGGAUCCGGAGCGCCUGUCAGAACUGUACGCAAUGCACGAUGAGGUGAUCAGGUUGUUGAACACGGGCGAGGCUCUCCCUAUAGAGCGGUCGACGAACCUCACCGAGCACGGCCAGCAUGACAAGCGCGUAUUCCAGGCCUUCGGCCUCCUCGGAGUUUUUGUCGCAUCUUCACUCGGUCUCAAAGCUCUCAAAAAAAUUACCGAACAAUUACUGGAGCUUUUUAAAACGGACGAUAUUGUUUGGGAGAACACGGAUAACUGCCGCGCGUCUUUCAGCACUCAAGGCGGGGGGAACGAAGCGUUCCAAACUUAUGGAAAAGGCCAUCGUAAUCCCACAGCCGAGGAUCAUAGAAAUGUCGGAUGGAAUGACCCCGAGCACACGGCUCCGCCGCGCCAUUUCUUCGAGGGUGAUUCUACUAUCGGUCUAUACAGCGUGCAAUAUACUGCAACGGACAGGGUUGCCUGGAAUGGUAUUGAAGGCACAGAGAAAUGUUACAUCGAAGGGCUGUGCAAUCCUCAGUACAUCUUUUACCACAAAGGCUAUCAAGUCGUUCUCAAUACGUGGCAAUCCCAAGGCCGCAUCUCAGCUUGCCAGUACUCUAAAGGAGAGGAUUGCCUAGGCUUGUGCUCCUCCGGCGUGAAGGAUCAGUUCCCACAAGGCGGUGUUCUUUGGGGCGGGGACUGCGCGAUUCCUUGCAUUAACGACCUUUCGGAUGACUAUGAGGCAACCCCCAACGAGCAGGCAAAAUUUAUGGUGGUGGGAGACUCUAUUUCACAUGGAAUGGAGGACGACUGGACGUGGAGAUACCGUCUCAGUCAAUGGUUGGAGAAAAACGGAUACAUACACCAGUUCGUCGGGCCCUGGAAGGGAACAUUCGGGAACAGGCCGAUCUCCGACUCUCAGCCUCAAGGCCCCUUGUUCCCGGACGAGCACCCGCCGGCAGCUGUUGAGAUCCGCGGUUCUUAUGCCCCAGGUGUGGCUGAAAGCUUCCGCGACAGUGGCCAUGCUGCAUUUUGGGGUCGUCAAGUCGAACAGUCCAAAAACACCAUCAACGGCUGGGUCUCCGAAUACAAGCCGGACUAUCUCCUGAUUCUGCUAGGCUUCAACGACCUGGGCUGGUGGGUGAACGGGCCCGAAGACCUGGUUGGAAAAAUGGGAAGCCUUGUCGAGGCUGCACGUAAGGCCAAGCCAGACAUCAAGCUUCUCGUGGCGAACGUCGUCCAUCGCUCGUUUAUCAAGGGCCGCCAGGACCUGAUCGACAUGACGAACAAAUAUAACAUCCUCCUGCGGGAUAGGCUUCCAAACUGGUUCCGGUGGGAGUCCCCGAUUUCGUACGUCGACGUUAAUACCCCUUACAACUGUCGCCCGGACGGCUGUCCCGACGGGUACGAUGGAUUACAUCCUAAUGCUCUGGGUGAGUACCAUCUCGCCCAGGCCUUUGCCCGAGUCCUGCAGAAAGACUAUGGAUAUAGCGGCAUAGAAUUCCAAGUCCCCGCCACGGUAGAUCCCAGGCCCGUGAGCAAGCCGGUUAAUGUGCGGUCAGUUUCGUGGCCGGAGGGCUUGUUCACAACCUGGGACCCAGUUGAGAAUAGUCGAGGAUACGAGAUCCGUGCCAGGGUUAAGGGGGCGACAGGCUGGUGGUCUGAGGGCCUUGUCUACCCGUCCACCCACGGCAGCUGGCAGCAAUGGGUGAUUAACGGCCAGACGUGGGAAUAUCAAGUCCGCACUAAAGGCGACAGUGAUGUGAGGUCGGACUGGUCGGAAUUUAGCUCAGCAACAGCCCAGGUUGCCACCGCUCCGGGACCUUCUAACAUUAUCGUUCAACCUCAAGGAAAUGAUGUCUACGUGCGGUGGGAUGCGGUCACGGGCUACUAUGUGAAUCGAUACGGCGUGCUUGUAUGGGAUAGAGACACAGAGGGCGCCUUUGUCGUGACAUAUCCCACGGUGGAUACGAGCUACAUUAUCAAGGAUUUGAAGCCUGGUCACCGCUACGGCAUAUGGGUGGCUACUUAUGUCGGUAUGAUCGGGAGCUUAACCAGAACAUAUGCCAUAGUUGGUGGUUUACCUGCAGCCGCACGAGAAGUGAUUGCUGGACAGGGGGCACCUGCGCCGCCCAGUGGGCUUCGUGUGAACACCAUCGAUGCAACCACUAUUCGACUUGAGUGGAACGCGGUAUCCGGGGCUUCAGGCUACAACGUUUAUGUCAGAAGUGUAAGGGACAAUACAGCCCUGAAGCUAGAUUCUACAACGACGGAAACAUCAAAAGAGGUCGGCUUCCUGUUCCCAGGAAAUUGGAACUUCCAGUUCUGUGUGUCGGCCAUGAACGGUAACCUGGAAACCGCCCCCGUCUCCUGUGUUAUCCCGCCUGUUUGCUGCGGCUAUAAGAAGAGAGACCUAGUUCCAGGAAACUAUACAGUCGCGGAAAAGACAAGCUCGGUUGAUAAUUUGACCGGCGUAGCUGAAGACAAAGGGCUCGCGGAUCUGUUUGCAAUCUACCAGCAGACUGCUGAGUUUGCAUCCCUCUUUGAGGCUGCUAAUGGCUGGCAGGAUAUGAAACUGCCGUCCAUCCUAUAA